CAUCAUAAGAGUGCAUUAGUGGUGGCGGGUACAGCUGAUGGGCCCAUACAUCGUUCAGCUGGAGUGUCAUAGCCCAAUGAAGAAAGAAGCAAUGGCCUGCACUCUUGAUUGUCGCUACCUUGACAAAGACUUUGGGGACAAGACUUACAAGCGCAAGUGCGAUGCUGAAGCUACCGCCACCACCGACAAUGACAAUAGUGAAUCGAUGGUGAUCGAAUCUUCCUUGCCCCUGUCGGCGAAGCAGUCGAUGGCCCCCUCUACCGUUAAUCUUGACAUGCUAACCUUAAUGAUCACAACCUACGACGAGGUGAUCUCGAGGAGGGUCUCGGGAAGGAGCUGGAAGCAUUUUAGGAAGCGUAGAGUGUGGGAGAAGAUUGAGAGCAGGCAAGCGGCGUUUGAGGAGCAGAUGAAGAAGUUGAAAAGGGGUCAACAAGCCAGUUAAGCUAUAUGGGUUGAGUUAUGGACCAAACCAACUGACGGGUAUAGGUCAAGAAUGAAAUUGGGUGUUGGAAGACCGCAUUUCAUCAAUGCCUGCAGGUUGGCCUCCGUUUUCGAUGAUUGCUUCAUUAAGCUCAGCCUUGAGGAUAAGGCCGUUUUUCAGGGGUUGGUAAUGAUGAGUCCAUACAUCGUUCAGCUCGAGUGUCGUAGCCCAACAUUGUUGCCGUCACAACGAGGAGUAGCCCAACCCAUAACACCAGGUAGCAAGCUCGUCGAUGUAGAGUUUUGUCCUUGAUUUGUUAGUAGAGUUGAACAGGUUGACAAGUGGUUAGAAUAAUUUGUUGUUAGAGUA